CCAACUGAUUCCUCCUUUGGUGAGCAAAACCUUAGCUUCACCACCACAGACCUCAGCCUGGUGGAGAUGACAGAAAUAGAAUAUACACAACUCCAGCAUAUACUCUAUUCCCAUAUGGAGGCGCAAGCGAAUGAAAAUGAAUCAGAAAACAGGUUAAAUUUGAACUGCUUCUCAGCCAACAACCCCUUGAACAACCCACAAUACCUGUCGUCAUGUAAUACCAGUCAAGGUAGCAGUUCAUCAAACAGCUCUGGCAACCAGUCGUUAUACCCCAUUAUCUGCCAGUCUGGUUUGGCUUCUGACAGCAGUUUCAUGGGUCCCAAUCAGUGCCUUGGACACAUUGACUUCCAGGAGCUGAGAAUGAUGUUGCUGAGUGAGUCUAACCUUCCUCUCAACCCAUCUGAAAAAACACCUAAUGGUGGUAGUUCGGUAGAUGCUACUGGGCAGAGUUUAGUGAAAGGUAAAUAUACUGAACACGCGAGUGGAAUAAACAAGGAAAAUUUGGAAAAUUCAGCACCAGGUCCUGAAUCCAGAGCCAAAUCUGCAGUCCGUGUUCGAUUGGAAGACAGGUUCAACAGUAUCCAGACUGAAAGUCCCAGGGGUCAAGAAUCACAGGAAACUGGAGUAGCCAUUAACAAUUUAGUAACUCUCAUUCGCCAUCCUUCCGAAGUGAUGGGUGUUCCUCUUCACCAGCAGCAGAAUAAAUGUACCACGUUAGUGAAAAAUAAGACUGCUGCUACAACUGCGACGGCAUUGCAAUUUACAUGCCCGCUGUUUAACCCAAAUGCUGCGUCUCCUGCAACUGUAAAUGCAAAUCAUUUACAACAACAGAUCGCUGGAACAUCUGUUUUGGAUGCUCCUAAGCAUCAGGACCUUGGCUUGCCUCGAGCUUUUUCUAUCUGUUACCAGCAGGAGAUUGAAGCAACAAAACAGACCGUCGGGCCUAGAAAUAAGGCUCUUCCUGAACACGUCUGGAUUAAAGUAGGAGGCGAGGCUUUAUGUAAGCAAACAAUAAACAAAAGGAGCCGGAGUAGAAUACAUACACUGGACGCAAGCACAGUGCGCAAACCUCUCGGUGACAUUCAAAAUGUGUGCGACAGCCAAAGCACCAGCCUGGCACAGGGCACUUGGCAAGCAGCACAGCCAACCUCAAGUGCCUCCGUGCAAAAUGGAAGCCAAGGCGGUGUCUCUCAGCGCCGGGAGAGGCAUAACCGAAUGGAACGAGACAGAAGGCGCAGAAUCCGGAUUUGUUGCGAUGAACUGAAUCUUCUGGUCCCCUUCUGCACGUCAGAUACCGACAAGGCAACAACUUUACAAUGGACAACGGCAUUUCUAAAAUACAUUCAAGAAAGGCACGGAGAUUCCCUGAAAAAGGAAUUUGAGACUGUGUUCUGUGGUAAAACAGGCAGAAGACUAAAAUUAACAAGAUCAGAUUCAAUAGGAACAUGCCCAGCACAGGAGAUUGCCCAGAAUGGUACGUCCAUGGAGAUUAAAUAA